UAACUACAGCCCCUGAUAUUUUGAUGCGAAAUAUUUGAUAACAGAAUGUUACUCGUGACUUUUUACUACUAAUGUCUAUACAAGAUAUACAUAAAGCAAACAUUAUACAAAACUGCUUAAACUUUUUAAGGUGGCUUAGCCAUUAAUCAGCUAAUGAUGUCCGGACCAGUUCUAUGACAGCUUUAUCCAGCCCUGUGAUUAGCCGUACUUGCAGCUUUGCAGACGGGGUGUGGUGAGGGAAGUGAAGUCGGGGCGUAAUUAAGUGACUGUAAAGUAUACAUUGGAAUUCCUGUUCAGCACCUUUGCCCUAACCCUGUACUGCUCCGACUGUAAUUUCAUUUGUUUUCUGGUAGGUCUGUUUCAUUUAGACUGCCAAGGUUCUUAGGUUCAGUUCCAGUAGCUGAAGAUGUCAGGCUGUUCGAAAGCGCUGAGACAAGGAAGUCCUGCCCCUGGUCCAGUGCCAGAAGGGUUGAUUCGCAUAUACAGUAUGAGGCUUUGCCCUUACGCACAGAGAACACGGAUUGUCCUGGCUGCUAAAAGAAUCAAACAUGAAGUCAUCAACAUCAACCUAAAAGACAAACCUGAUUGGUUUCUGAAAAAGAAUCCUUUUGGUGUUGUGCCUGUCCUGGAGACACCUGCUGGGCAAAUAUUAUACGAGUCCCCCAUCACAUCUGAUUACUUGGAUGAAGUGUACCCUGGAAGAAAACUGAUUCCAUCAGAUCCCUAUGAAAAAGCCAAACAGAGAAUAUUUUUGGAACAUUUCUCGAAGGCACAAGCCUAUGUAUUCAGGAUUCCAAGUGCAAAACAAAAAGGAGAAGAUACAUCUGCUCUGGAAGCAGAGUUUACUGAGAAGCUCAAAGUUGUUGAUCAGAUUCUAGUCGAUGAAAACAGGUCAUUCUUUGGUGGUACUUCUGUGUCCAUGACUGACUAUAUGAUUUGGCCAUUUGUUGAAAGACUUGAAGCCUUUGGUAUAGGACAGUAA